AUGCACGCAAAAUUUUAUGGACUUGUAAUUGCAGCGCUGGCGCACUGCGCGCUUGCGCGGGUGUCGUUUGACGAGGUCAUGGAGAUGCAAAGCACUGAAAUAGGAGAGGGCCGCGCCUUCAUCAACCAGAGGGGGCCACUCUGCCUGCUGCGCGGGUUCGUGUACUCCGAGCUAGGCUACACACACAACAAGCGCUUCUUUUCGCCUGAAAUAGAAACUGACUACAAAGUGGAGCCCGUUGGGGACGAUGAAAAUACAAUAGAGCACAAAUACACAAGAAACGCGCAGAAGGACAAGCCAUAUCCGCCUACAAAGGGACCGGCUCUGGGCUCCAACCCCACCGUCCCAGACUACUCUGUGGAGUACCACCGCACCCUCAUCGAGAUGUUUCCGUCCGUCGAUGGGUACACCCUGUCGGUCGCUGUCGCCCGAGAUGACUCCUUCUUCCAGGCUCUGCAAAGAAUGCCCACCAAACGGCACGCGCACUACGUGCUGGCGGCGCUCCUUCUGCUGAGUGAGGGCGUGGACGUGCCCAUCAAGGCCACGCAGAAAACAAUCACACUGGAGAUAGGCAGCAUAAAAGUUGGAGCAGACUCGUGCAAAAAGGCCGCACAGGUCAUAAACUUCUUCAAUCACAACAAAGGCAAAGAAAAACUGCCGUGCACGCCAGAGGCCUUCUGCACCGGCGACUUUCUAAACACGCCGCAUUUCCUCAUCCAGGCGUACGUCUUUGAGUACAUCACGAGCAAGAGCGACGCCCUGGACUUUGCAGCGUGCGCGCACGCCAUCCUCACAAGCUUGCCGGAAAAUGAGAGAAAAGACGUAUACAGCGCGUGCUUUGUGGAGAGCAAGUCUGAGGCUGAGGAAGACAAGGCUGCGCGCCCGCUUGUGCAGAUUCAAGAAAGAAUGAAGAUUCUACAGACGUUCCCGUUCACCAGCCCAAGCAUGCUGCCGGCGUACACAAGCGUGCGCGCCUGCAAGAGGAGUGAGCCCGAGCUUUUGGACGAAACAUUCAGCAACUGCGUGGAGACAGGCCUGCUUGCGCUCUUUUGCUGCCUUGCACACGACCCAGCCCAGAAAGAGUACGACGCAGACACCAUGCUCGGCGAGGCAAAGGAGGGCGAUAAAACAGAGGCCCUGCGCACUUUCUUCCAGUUGGAAAGUGUCACCCCAAAGGCGUGCGCCACCAAAGAGACAAUGCAGGAGUGGAACCGCGUCGUGUCUGACCUGCAGAGCGAGCACAUCGCGUAUAGACAGGAGAGCCGAAACGAGGUGCGCUCCGGAAUUUUUAACGCUCUCUACAUUGUGGCAGAGGUGACGGGCAGACGGAAGAAGGAAGAGCCAAGGAUACGCGAGCUUGCGCAGAUGCUAGAAGACUCCGAGAUUGAUGAAGACUUUGAGGACGUGUUUGAAAAAACACAGGAGUACGUGGCAGAGCUUUUCGCGUCCCUCUCCGUGGAUAAGAGCUUACGAGUUGAAUUUUCUGACUUGAAGGUCGACAUCCGAAGUGAUAAAAAAAAAGACCUCUACGGAAAAAUCACCCUGAAGUGCACAGACAAAGACCGCGUGGUCGAGCAGGGCAUAUGCCUAGGCGUUCAGCCCGGGCAUUUGGUAGUCACCCUGUGUCCGUGCGUCUUCCUUUCUCUUAACAGCGAAGAAAAAAAGGCCUUCUUUGCGGUGGACAGCUGUUCAGAGCCUGCGAACUUUGCAGAAUGCCUGUUUGCCGGCUAUGCAGACGCGUGGUGUUCCAGGCACAUAGAUCCUCGAGGGAGCAAGCAUUCCAAACACAUUAAGGAGAUCGCAGAACGCUUAGCUGUGGAUGGGGCCUCUGCACUGCCAAACCAGCUUUUUGUGUUGGGAUUGGCUUUAAAGCUGGAGCAGAUACAAGAAUUCGCCGAGGACUUCACCGUGCAUGCAGCAGCAAACGGUAUCGAGCUCACCCAGGCGCACCCGGGCGUGCGUCUCCUCUCGAACCUGCUCGGCAGCCUUCCGCUGGGCGACGCUGCAACCCAAGAGGAUGUGCUGGAGGGCCCUGUAUGCCUGGGCAUGCUGGAAAAGCUGUACACAAAAAUCCGCCUGUCAAAGGAAACAUUUGCUGAAACCUAUAAGAACACAAACGCCAUCUGCGCCUUGAAGCUCUACUUCCGCCCUGGAGUCAACAGCGCGCCCGUGGCGAACGCCAUCAUGAAGUACUUUAGAGAGUACAAAAAGCAGGCGCGCGAGCCUCUUUUCCGGUUCUAA